GGGGGGUUAAACGGUGUCGUUUGCCUGGCCUUAAUUGCUGCAUUUCACCAGGGAGAAAUUGCUAGCGAGCGAGCUGCGACGCUUGACUCCACUUGUUGGUGAAAUGUUUGGGAUAGGCGGAGCCACGUCGGUCGGCGGAGGAGGUCGGUCAUGGCCGUCCACGACGUCGGUGUCGGCGUCAGGGAAAAGGAUACAGAAGGAGAUGACGGAGCUGAGCUCCGAUCCUCAGCCCCACUGCGCCGCUGGCCCCAAAGGCGACAAUCUCUAUCACUGGGUCGCCACUCUCUUCGGCCCUCCUGGAACACCUUAUGAUGGUGGAAUAUAUUUCCUCGACAUAACAUUUCCAAUUGAUUAUCCAUUCAAACCUCCAAAGGUUGUUUUCAAGACUCGCAUAUAUCAUUGCAAUGUUGAUCCUGCUGGCACUGUUAACUUGGAUAUUUUGAAGGAUAGUUGGAGUCCAGCUUUAACAAUCUCGAAGGUGCUACUUGCUCUUAGAUCAAUGUUUACAACUCCCGACACCUAUAACCCAGUUGUUCCUGGUAUUGCUCACUUGUAUUUGGCGGAUAGAGCACGACAUGAUGAAAUAGCUGCAGAGUGGACUCAAAGAUUUGCAAGGUAAAUGGUUCACUUCGCCAACUAUCACUUUGCAAUUAUUGAACCACUUUUUGCUUCCUCUAGCUCUACUCGAAGGCAUCAAAACGCACCCACAAUAUACAUCGUGGGAAACUUGUAAAGGUGUAAUCGUUAUCUCGCUAUUAGCUUUGUUGCCAGGGACGACUGAAUUCCGCUGUAAUUACUAACUAGUCUUCGAUAGCUUACAUGUUUGAUAAACGAGAUCUCAUGUUGUCUCAGAUGCAAUUUCUUGAGCAUUGAGGUUAAGCUACCUUGUUCUCUGGAUGCAAGUUUUCACUUUCAUUUAUGUUA